GCAUAUCACGUGUGACAUUUGUCGGUUUCUGUGACUGGUGAAGAGCUUUUUGCAAAGGGGCCUGCCAACCCAGAGUUUGCUUUCCACUUCAACUGACAGCAUGUUUCGUUUAAUCCACACUGCCCGCACUUUACGGACAGCCAGUCAACCCUUGGCAAGGGCUUCAAGUACACCACUUACCACUGUGUGGAAAACUCCCACCAGACCCCUUCCAAUAUACCCUAGACGAGGAUUCGCCUCAAAGUCGCAUUCCGAAUCCAAUGCUUCAUCGGGCAUGUACGCAUUGGCCAUUUUUGUCUCAAUGUUAGGUGUUUCUUAUGCUGCUGUGCCAUUAUAUCGUAUAUUCUGUGCAAGUACAGGGUACAGUGGCACCCCAGUUACAGACAGUAGUCGGUUUGCUGCUGAGAGACUGGUGCCGGACGCUGAAAGUCGAAGAAUCCGAAUCACGUUUGAAUCCAACACGUCUGACGCCUUGCAGUGGUCUUUCAAACCAGAGCUAAGAGAGGUCCGAGUGGUACCUGGAGAAACGGCAUUGACCUUCUAUAGGGCCAAGAACAAUGCAAAGGAAGAUAUUGUCGGCAUCGCAACUUACAAUGUCACUCCGUACCGUGCUGGUCAGUACUUCAACAAAAUCCAAUGCUUCUGCUUUGAAGAGCAAAUGCUCCGUGCCGGAGAGGAGGUGGAUAUGCCUGUCUUCUUCUUCAUUGACCCUGACUUCAAUGAGGACCCCUACAUGAAGGAAGUCAACACCAUUACGCUCAGCUACACCUUGUUCAACGCAAAGUACGCCAAAAAUGUGGUGCCUGGACAGCGACCAUGAACCAAGAAAUAAUGUACAUAAUUCCAUAUGUAGAUCAAGAAAAUGUAAUCUAGCCAUGUCAAACUCUUUGAUGUUAACGGCUGUGGACCCCGAGAAUUGCCUGCCAUUUACAUCAAACUCGGGUAAAAAGAAAAAGUGAAAAAUUUAGACUUUGUCAUCCUGCUGUAGAAGAAUAAAAGAAAAGCAGUAAUACAAAAAAGUAAACAACAAAAAAUAAAAUCAAUCAAUUAGAAUAUCCCAUCAUAUUCAUUCAGGAAAACUUGCAUUUUUCCAUCGUUUUUAA